AUGAGCUUAAUAAAAUUAGCUUUCGAUUUAUUUAAAUAUUGAAUAUUUUUUGUAGCUCGCACUUUAAAUCCUAAAAAAGGAGUUUUUAAUGUUUUUUCCUCCAAACAUUCCCAGAAAUAUUUAUAUAGACGAUCAAUGACAAAAUUCAAAGAAAGAAAGACAUCAAGGCAGUGCAAUAUAAUAUAUAAGCCAAUAAAAUUAGGCUUAAAAGUUUUCUUACAAUUGGGUGCAUGCGACUUCAGUUCUCAAUAA